GUGUGGAGCAGCGCACCAGCGCUCUGUGUGGAUUUAACUCUCUCUCGUGUGGAAUACCGCUGGAAGUGUGUUGGGAAUAUUGCAGGAUUUUCUGUGUGAAAUCAAGGAUGAGUUCUGAGCAGUGUGUGCCGGAGGAACCUGAGAGGAGACGCGUUUCUCUUUAACCUCAGGUGUCUCCUCUCGAUCACAGUGGCGCUGGAAUACUGUUCCUGGAAUCGGGAAUAGCUCCCAGAGUUUACACACCAUGAGCUCUGGAGCCGGCAGGGAAUCUGCAGCGGACGGGAACGAGCUGCAUCUGGCUGCGCUGGCGUCUCUGAAGGGAAACGUGCUGGAACUGAACCAGCGACUGCUGCAGACCGAGACAGAGAGAGACACGCUGGAGAAGAGACUGGCAAAAGCACAGUAUGAGCAGUCUCAUCAGCUGCAGGAGCAUGAGGAGGUGCAGGAUAGAACAACGUUGCAUUACGAGGAACGCAUCACAGAGCUGUACAGCAUCAUCACUGAACUCAACAAGAAGAUAGACCUGCUGCAGGGCGCCACAAUCAGGGAGGAGGAUGAGUUUUCAGAGUUGCGCUCUGAUCUCAGUCACAGUCAACAGGAAGUUAACGAGGACGAGCGGAGUGUUGAUCAGGACCCAGACCAGGCAUCUGUGUCACCGCCUGAAAACCAGUCCACACUGGUCACUGCAGACAUGGAUAACUGCAGUGACCUGAACUCAGAGCUGCAGCGGGUUCUCACGGGGUUGGAGAGCGUCGUGUGCGGCCGUAAGAAGAGCACGUGUAGCCUAUCUGUGGCCGAGGUGGACAGACACAUCGAGCAGCUGACCACCGCCAGUGAACACUGUGAUCUGGCCAUCAAGACAGUUGAGGAAAUCGAGGGCGCUCUGGGGCGGGAUUUGUACCCCAGUCUACGUGAGGAACGCGUGUGCUGGGAGAAGGAGCUCGCUGGACUUCGGGAGGAGAACGAGAGUUUGACGGCGAUGUUGUGUCGUAAAGAGGAAGAUCUGAACCGCACCAAAGCGACCAUGAUCGCCAUCAGAGAGGAGAGAGACCGUCUGCGCAGACGCGUCCGUGAGCUGCAGACGCGUCUUCAGACCGUUCAGCCCAGCGGUCCAUCCAGUCCUGGCUGUCUGACUCCAGCGGGUCGACCCAUCAACCCCAGCACAGGAGAACUCAGUACCAGCAGCAGCAGCAACGACAUCCCUGUCGCCAAGGUGGCCGAGCGAGUGAAGCUGUCAAAGACACAAUCAGAAUUGUUAUCAAUGGAGAGAUCCAUCCUGGGCUCUGAAAUCAGCAGCAUCGGGGUAUCCAGUAAUGUGGCGGAACAUUUGGCUCAUUCUCUGCAGGACUGCUCCAAUAUCCAGGAGAUCUUCCAGACGCUGUACUCGCACGGCUCGGCGACCUCCGAGAGCAAGAUCAGAGAGUUUGAGGUGGAGACGGAGCGACUCAACAGUCGUAUCGAGCACCUGAAGUCUCAGAAUGACUUGUUGACGAUCACGCUGGAGGAGUGUAAGAGUAACGCGGAGAGAAUGACUAUGUUAGUGGGCAAAUACGAGUCUAAUGCUACAGCGCUCAGACUGGCACUGCAGUACAGUGAACAGUGUAUCGAGGCGUACGAGCUGCUGUUGGCGCUGGCGGAGAGUGAACAGGGUUUGGUGUUGGGGCAGUUCAGAGCCGCUGGAGUCAGUGCUGUGGGAGAGCACGCCGGUGAGAGCAUCUCUCAGAUCCUGAAGAAAGUUCAUGACAGCAGGAAGACGACGGAGAACGCCGCUAAAGACUUACUGACGCGCCUCGACGGCAACUGCAGCGGUGCAUUUACAGUUACUGGAUACAGCGGACAACCCUGGGAGAGCCUAUCAUCCAACAGUCACACCAGCACCACCAGCUCUACGGCGAGCAGUUGCGACACAGAUUUCUCUAAAGACGACGAGCAGCGUUUGAAGGAUUAUAUCCAGCAGUUGAAGAACGACCGCGCGGCUGUUAAACUGACGAUGCUGGAGUUAGAGAGUGUUCACAUGGACCCGCUCGGCUACGAUGUGAAGCAGCGCUGCGACUCGCAGAGACUUGACCUGGAGAACGCCGUGUUCAUGCAGGAGCUCAUGGCAAUGAAGGAGGAGAUGGCGGAGCUGAAGGCUCAGUUGUAUCUCUUGGAGAAGGAGAAGAACGCUCUGGAGCUGAAGUUGAGCACACGUGAGAAUCAGGAACAAGUGUAUCUCGUUCAUAUCGAGCACCUGAAGUCUGAGCUGGAGGAACAUCAAGAACAGAGACGAAGAUCCCUGAACUCCACCGGCAGCAGCGCCGGAGCCAAAGACAAGAGCGGCAAGGACUGCAGCGAGUCUCCGGCGAUCUGUCUGUCUGAUCUGAGGAGUUUGAGUGACAGCGACCUCGCGGCUGAGCUCAGCAGCGCCCUCAGGAGAGAGAAGAAGUUGAAAGGUCGUGUUCAGGAACUGGUCGCUGCGUUAGAAAGACUCACUAAGAGCAGUGAGGUCAGACAUCAGCAGUCGGCAGAAUUCGUCAAUGACCUCAAACGAGCAAACAGUAAUCUGGUGGCGGCGUACGAGAAAGCGAAGAAGAAGCAUCAGAACAAACUGAAGAAGCUGGAGUCUCAGAUGAUGGCGAUGGUGGAGCGACACGAGACACAGGUGCGAAUGCUCAAACAACGCAUCGCUUUACUGGAGGAGGAAACGGCACGACCGUACACCAAUGAGACGUCACUAUGACACACAGCUCUGGUCUUUAAACACUUUAAGCCUUUACUCUUCACUGCAGCACUCAGGGGCGUCGAUUCCGGGGCGGAUGGGGGGGUAACCCCCUCAAUUGCCAUUACGACCCCCCCCGAUGUUAAAGCCAAAUCUACGACCAUGGCAGCAUUCAUCACUCACAAAAUACUUCAGCGGACUACACGCGUCACCCAAAGACGAUUGGCUGAGAUUUGGAGAGCUCAGCCAGAGGGAGGCCUCCAAAAUUUCAGUAACAGCGGCAAUUUUUGAGAGCACAUACACGUGACUGAUGCAUGAUGGAUCUGACAGCUGUCAAUCAUGUGUCAGAGUAUGAAUUCCAGAGGAAGCGUUUAUAGAGCGUGUUUUUGACAGGUUUGUGGGAUUCACUGAUUUAACAGGUUUAAUUUAUUUACAUUUAUUUUAUAUAAGCGAUGUUUAGCACUCAAAACAUAUUCAAGACUAUUUUUUAAGAUUUAUGCACUUUUAAUUUCAACAAAAUUCCAUGAAAUUGAGUCACGUUUAACCAAAUUAAAUUUAUUGUCUAUCUUUAUUCAAAAUUACUCCAUUCGAUUAAUAAAUUUGAUGGAAUUUUAUGCAAUUGUAAAUUAUUUUUUCGAGUCGGUUUAUUUACAUGAAUCACGACCAAUCUGUGAACACUUACGUUGAAGUCAUUAAAACUAAUUUUUUAACCACUCCACAGAUUUCAAAUUAGCAAACUAUAGUUUUGGCGAGUCGUUUAGGACGUCUACUGUGUGCAUGACAUGAGUCGGUUUACAGACCGAUUGUGUCACUUUUAAUUGACUAUAUCAUAAUUCCAGUGGAUCAGAAGUUUACAUGCACUAAGUUAACUGUGCCUUUAAACAGCUUGGAAAAUUCCAGAAAAUUAUGUCAAGCCUUUAGAUAAUUAGCCAGUUAGCUUCUGAUAGGCGGUGUACUGAAUUGGAGGUGUACCUAUGGAUGUAUUUUAAGGUCUACCUUCAAACUCGGUGUCUCUUUGAUUGCCAUCAUGGCAAAAUCAAAAGCAAUCAGCCAAGACCUCAGAAAAAUAACUGUGGACCUCCACAAGUCUGGUUCAUCCUUGGGAGCAAUUUCCAAACACCUGAAGGUGGCACGUUCAUCUGUACAAACAAUAGUACACAAGUAUAAACACCAUGUGACCACACAGUCAUCACACCGCUCAGGAAGGAGACGCAUUCUGUCUCCUAGAGAUGAACUUAGUUUGUGUGAAAAGUGCAAAUCAAUCCCAGAACAACAGCAAAGGAGCUUGUGCAGAUGCUGGAGGAAACAGGUGGACGAGUAUCUAGAUCCACAGCAAAACCAGUCCUAUAUGGACAUCACCUGAAAGGCUCAGCAAGGAAGAAGCCGCUGCUCCAAAACCACCAUAAAAAAGCCAGACUACAGUUUGCAAGUGCACAUGGGGACAAAGAUCUGACUGGAGAAAUGUCCUCUGGUCUGAUGAAACACAUAUUGACCUGUUUGGACAUAAUGACCACCGGUAUGUUUGGAGGGAAAAGGGUGAAGAACAGCAUCCCAACUGUGAAGCUUGGGGGUGGCAGCAUCAUGUUGUGGGGGUGCUGCAGGAGGGACUGGUGCACUUCACUAAAUAGAUGACAUCAUCAUGAUUAUGUGGAUAUAUUGAAGCAACAUCUCAAGACAUCAGACAGGAAGUUAAAGCUCGGUCACAAAUGGGUCUUCCAAAUGGACAAUGACCCCAAGCACACCUCCAGAAUUUAAGGACAACAAAGUCAAGGUAGUGGCAUCACAAAUUCCUGACCUCAAUCCCAUAGUAAAUUUGUGGGCAGAACUGAACAAGGAGGCCUCCAAACCUGACUCAGUUACUCCAGUUCUGUCUGGAAGAAUGGGACAAAAUUCCAGCAACAUAGUGUGAGAAGCUUGUGGACGGAAACCCAAAACAGUCAAGACAAAAACAGUCAUUUUUGGACACCUAGUGGCCAUUGUAGAUACUCACUAUUCACCGUCCGCAAUGAUCACUUCAAUCCUUCAGUGAAAGUGUCCAAUAACAGGGCGGUUUAGCCAGUCAGCUGGUCAUGUGAUCUCAACAUGGUGGCCUCCACGAGGAGACCCUCUCCGUGUUUUAUAAGGGUGCUGAUGUGAAGGGAGUCUUCAUUACAUGAUUUUUGACAUGCUACAAAAUUACAAUGAAUUUCGCAAGGCGUACAUCUUUUUAAAAUAGGAAAAAAAUGACAGAGUGCCCCUUUAAGAGACACUUUCUCAUCAAUAAACAUUAUGCAUUUGAGUUCAAAAUGUUACAUCAAAUUACAUCAAGCAUCAAAAGUAACUUUGGUGAUUAAACAAAGCGAGUGAUCUUCAUGUAGCCUUUGUGUGUGUUUGUUUGUUUGCAUGCAGCCAUUACCAGAUGAAUGUAACAUCAAUAUCAGCAAGUCACGUGUCAUUUAAUGCAACAAAAAUAAACAUUAAACAUACACUCAUAUUUUAAUAAUAAAACAACAGCUUCCUCCUGGAUUACAAAAAAAGCACUUUUCACCACAUUGCCUUCGUACCGACUUUUAUUUUACAUGCAAAAUAUCGAAGAAACCUCAAUGAUGCAAACCGCUGUUUACACCCUUCGCUAAGCCCCGCCUUGAAAUACUUACCGACCAAUCCUAGCUCACCAGACACUUUUGCUCUUUUCUGAUUGGCAGUCGCCAGUUUUUAAUCAUGUCACUAUUUACUUCAUUUUUCACAUUAGUAAUUGUGGAGUUUAGCAAAGGAACGAUUGGUUUAGUGCUUUUCCCCGCAUUUGUAUAUGUUGUUAUUAAUCACUUAUGAGACGGAUUAUGGUGCUUGACGUCUUCAGGGAACUCAAGACAAUAGAAACAUCUUUCACUCCCUCAUUAGGGCCGUUUUGGAUCAUUUAUUAGUGAAUAAAAGAAAUGAUUUAGGGGUUUGUGAAUUGUACUUAAUUUGCACAGAUCUGUUUUUAUUAAUACUAGAAUGUAUUUGUUUAUAUAAUAAAGAACUAAACAAAACAUGUUUGUUCAUUGCAAUGUCACUGUCAGCAUGAAACGUCUGCAACUUUCUGAGUGAAACCGAAUAUUCAGCCCAAAACAAGACGUAGUGGAAUUUUCUGCAUGGUUAUGAAAAUUGUGCAUUUAAUGAAACGAGACGAAAAUGUAUUUUCCUUUGGAAGAGUGGACAUUACGUUUUAGCUUCGCUAUAGGUUAUGGAUAACUGAUCUGAGAUCAGGACACUUUAGGAUGUCAUUAAUUAUUACCAAACGAAAAAGCAUUAAAUUAAAAAAUGUUCUUACCAAACGAAAAAGCAUUAAAUUAAAAAAUGUUCUUACCAAACGAAAAAGCAUUAAAUUAAAAAAUGUUCUUACCAAAUGAAAAAGCAUUCAAUUAAAAAAAGAAAUUACCAAACGAAAAAAAGCAUUAAAUAAAAAAAGAAAUGACCAAACAAAAAAGCAUUAUAUAAAAAA